GUUGCAUUUGUACAGCUGGAAAACCUCUCUUCAAGUAAAACUUGCUGUAAGGAAAUUAACUGCUUUGGAAAAUUGGAAUCAGCUCCUAAAUUAAUACUCAUUUUCUAUGUGGUAUUUUCUUCUUUGAAACCUAGACACUGUUGAAGAAUCCAAGUUUAUAUGUCUUCUCUUCACCUCAACCCAAAGGCCAAAUAUGUGCUUAAUGUAAAAGGGCUUGUCAAGACAUUGCUUAUUGGUUUUUCCAUUGUUCGUGCACUUUAAUGAUUUGGGGCAAUAUUCUAAGCGCUUCCUACUUUCUUUGGGUCGCUCUGCUGAUAAUUGAGUUUUGUCUUCAAACUUGCUUUUGGCCCCAAUUCUAAGGGAAAUGCUGAACCUAUUUGGAUUUAUACCAUCUGGGCUAUUUCGUGUUGGAAGGAAAGGAAAUGAAGAAUUUUUUAGAAUAUGGAGAAACUCCCAGGUAGAUGGGGAGUUGAGAUUAAUGUUAUUAGUUGGCUUUUCUCACCAAAAAUUUUUGUAACUACCCUUUUUAAUUUGGGGAUUUUAGCAAUAUCCUGACUUUUGCACGUCCAUGAUUUUACUUCAAUAUCAUGAUAGUACUUCUACUUCUUAUCGGGUAUCAAGAUGGGAGAUAAAGAGAAACUUCUUGGAAGUGUAAUUAUGAAAGGCGUUUCUAUAGUAUAAUGUGGUUGAAAGGAUAAUUGUAAAUAUUAAGUUCAACAGUGACUGACGGUUGCCUUCACUUCCCGGAAUGAGAAUUCAGUUAAAGUUCUCUCCGUCUAUUUCUGGUAUAGUAGCCAUGAGGGGGACGAACAACACUUCCUUAUCAAUGUUUUAAUGGCUGCUUUAGUUGGCGCCCAGCACCAUAUGUUUCGUCCAUUUUCUCAUGAGCUUCACAGGAGGCGACUACAGAUAAAAUCAAGGUCAAAGAUAAGAAAGAAUACUAAAGAUACUCGUGGAAAAUCUCAGAUCAGACAUCUGAAUAUCAGUGACAGAGGUAAUGAAGCUGAGCAGUCGAAACAUUCCAAUUCUGAUGUUGAUUUGGGUGAAAAGAGCACACAUGUUCAACAAGACAAGACAAAAACUAUGCUUCCAUCCAAAAAGCUACACAAGUUACAUUGGGGGCUUGACACCAAGGAACCAUGGGAAAGGAAGGCAAACAUGUAAAGAUAUUUUAUAUGUAGAUGAAGAGCAGCUUCCAACUUCCCUGGCUCUGGAUUGGAUUCUGGAACUUGAACGACAGGACUCGAAAGGCCUGAGUUUUGUGGAAACUGGACUAAAGUUAGGGAAACGGUAACAAAUUCUUGUGAAUUUCCUGUAGGUAUGGUGCCUUCUACGAUGGACAAUAAAACUACUACAUUUCUAGAUGAUUUAAUGCAACUUAGAAAGCCAUUGUUCACUAGGUAACACUAUUGAACUCAUUCAUGAACUUAAAGUUUUUUAACUUUGAAUUGUGAUUUUAGGUAGUUUUUGCUGUUAAAAUUGUUGAUUAGAUGAUGAUUAUGACAUGUUUUAUUAAUGAAUAUA